AUGUCUGUUGCAAAUAAAAUCCUCAUUCUAGACACACACGAGUCCGAACAACGACCAGUCGCCGAAGAACCCAUGAAGAUGGACUCCGUUCUCGUGCAUGCAUAUGAACAGGAGGCCAACGACGCGGAUGGAGUCGAUCAGGUUCGAGACGAGUAUUCCGGCUCCAUGGCUGGUGUGAAAAGCACAUAUGCUCCAAACAUGCGCGUUGCCAGCAACGAGAAGAGCGGAAACAGAGCGCUAGCGAAGAAUAUCGCGGUCGGGAUGCGUUUACCGUCGUUCCCGGUGGUCAACCAAGCCGACGGAUCCACCAUUCCCCUAUUGAACCUCAUGUCGAGUGGCGGCUGCUGGAGACUGAUUGUUUUCUCUGGCGACUUGCGACGGCCAAGGGUGUGA